AUGGACCUAUAUUGUCAAAAUUUCGCUAUAAGAUUAAUUCAUUAUCGAGAUAGACAAGAACUACACAAUACACAAAAUGCUUUACAGACUGCUGAAGCCACGAAUCAAAAUCUGCAUACCAUAUUAGAAGUGCCAGAUAUGGAGAGAAGUUUUAUGUCAGGAUCAUCUACGGAUGAUUCCCAUUAUCAAAGAUUGGAAGAGGGACUAGAGAGAGCAUUAGAACCUGGGCAAAAACGUAGUCAUAUGUUAGAUGAAAUAUUAGAAGAAAAUAACUCAUAUAGCGAAAAUUCAGAUGAAACAAAUAAUGAAACGCAAUACUUUGAUACAAAUUCUCCAGAUACUUAUAAUCAAGACAUAAAUAUGGCUACAAUUCCAGAACUAGCCAAUGCCAUAGAUGGUUAUUUAACACCUCAAGAUAGACAAGUUUUGCAAAAUCAAAUAAAACAAACCACAAGACAAAUUCGUCGCAAAUAUGAUACCCAGCAACAAAUUAUUGCAGAUUUAAGCCAGCAAAAUCGAACAAGACGUGAAAGACGUGAAAAACAAGCAUAUAAAUUUUUAUGUGACUAUAUAACUCGAGAUCUAUUGAAAUACCAGCAAAAAUAUCAAAAUGAGCAGGCAUUACAACAAUAUUUGGCAUUAGUAAAUAAUCAACUUUUGAAUCAAAAUAUGGCAGAAGCUAGACGUUUACCUACAUUAAAAUAUGUAUCUACUCUGUUAAAACCAAUUCCUCAAUAUAUGGGACAAAUGCCUCUGAAUGACUACUGUGAUAUGGUCAUACAAGCCUGGGCUCCCGCUGUGCCAAAUAUGACUGCUCUUGAAACUGCAAAUGCUCAAGAUUUUGAUGAUGUCAAAUGUGAGAUUAUAAAAGAAAGAUUUCAGCCAUUUGAUACUCCAGAUACUUAUGAAACAAGAAUUCGACCAUUAUUAGGUGUAGCAAAUGAUGAUGCUCGUAUUUUAGGAACUAUUAAGACUUAUUUAUCAGGAGAUCGUGAACUUUAUAGUUGGAUGAGAACAGAAAAUCCAGCAGAUCAAAAUCAUGAUCAAGUACAAUCGGGCACGUUAGUACCCUCGUAUGAGAAGAAAAAUCUUUCGCAAGCGGUAUCUUCCUCAUAUAAUGAAAUGCAAAAAUCAUUUCAAGCUAUGUUAGAUAAACGAGAUGCUGAACAGAAGGCUGAGAUAGAAAAACGGGAUGCUAAACAUAAUACUGAGAUGGAAAAAUUGAAAGCCGAAGAAGAAGCAUUACAGUGGUUAGAUAAAGCUUUUCCCCCUCCCAUAGCAACUAAACCAGAACGAUUGCGUUCAUCAAAUCAAAAUGAUAGAAUAGAAUCAAAAGUAGAUGAAAUUGGUCAAAUGACUUCUCAAUUCGGAAGAAUGGUGCUUGAUAAUCAACCAAAAAACCUGUAG